UCCGAAAAUCGAGCGAAACGGAACGCCGUUUACCGCCAAAUUCUACGGGGUAUUGUUGUCGGAUGUACUAGAGUCCUAUAGCUGGUGAUACGAGAAAAUUUGGAUUGCUGCAAUGGCAAAAGUUGAUUAUGAGCUGAUAGACAUGUCGUCUGGUGGCAUUUACGUUAUUAAAGUGUCGCCGGAAGAGGUCGAUCGCCUAAAUAAUGGUAAGUGUGGUAUCCUUAUGACCUUAUGAACCACCUGUUACUUAUGACAUUUCGCUCCUGGAGGGGCGGCGUUUGUUUUAAAAGUAUUCUAGUGUAUCCACGCCCUAUCAAUUUGAUUUUCAGACGAAGAAAAGAGAUUUCGUCUCAUGAAUAUUUCAAAACGAUAGGAAGAAAGCCGGACCGAAUUUGGGAUAGCCUGGUGGAGGAUUCGGUGCAGUCAACUGAAGAACGCAGGGCCCCUAAGAAAAAGGAAGGUGGUGUUGGUUCAUGGGAUGAUGGAGCUCAGUGGGCCCUCAUGCACGAAUUGGUGCCCCACAGACUCAAAUUGCGUACACAAAGAUAUAGUGUCGAUGUUUGGGAAAUAGUUUCUCAAAAAAUGCAAACAUCCCACAACCUACAUGAGGUAUACACUCCAGAUCAAAUUGCUGAGAAGGUAAGGCUCAUGAAAAGAACGUUGAGGGAUGUGAAGAAUGGUAAAAGGAAGACAGAAUGGCCUUUCACUGAGGUAAUGAUUCACAUCUUUGAAAAGCCUAUUGAGGAGGAUGAGGAUGAAGGUGAUUUCACAUUCAGUGUUGGUUCCUUCAACAGUUACUUGAAUGGUAUGCCAGCUGGAGCCAACUCAUCUUCAAUUUCAGCAGAGCAGCGAGUGUUCGGACAGAGCUGAAUCUUGCGCCACAACAGAAUGUCGCACCAGAUCAAAAUGUCCCAUCAGAG